GAAAAUGAUGAGAUAGAAGUUAAUCAGAAUGAUGCGGCUACUGCUGUCAAUAAUAACACCUGACGUCUGCACUGUUCACUGCUCGGCGGAAGGGGGCCAAAUAGAGAAGUUACUGGUAGUGUGAGCGCAGAAGCCGAUGCUGACAUGCCGGAUCAAGUCCAAGCUGUAGAGAUGACUCAAAUCCAAGUCAACAAGCAUAACAUGCGAAGCCCAUCGAGUAACAUACCGUACAGUAACCCUAGCCGACCUUGGCGAGAACAGCGCCUCACCAGCGCAGGAGCAGAGAAGGCAGAACUGGGAAGCGCGACCCAUAUGGCGCGCAAACUCCAUACCAUUGUACGCCAAGUUAUUACACCACAGCGCAGUAUGUCGUCGUAAACGAUGUCCUGAUACUCAG